AUGACGUUGUUUCUGAUUUUGUUGUUGUCGACCUGCCUAGGCAUCGACGCACUUUGGCGUGUGCCCAUAUCCAAAACACUUCCCGAUCGGAAGGAUUAUAAUAAGGACGCCAUCGCUGAAUAUCUGAGACAGAAAUACAUCACAAACUACACAUUUGCCUCAUUCUCUGGCUUCCAAGAAGGGCUUUCCAAUUAUUUGAACGCACAGUACUACGGCACCAUUCAGAUUGGAACUCCUCCUCAAACAUUCAAAGUGCUAUUUGACACUGGCUCGUCCAACCUAUGGGUCCCGUGCUCGAAUUGCCCACUCACCAACAAAGCUUGUUCACAACAUCAGAAGUUUAAUUGUGCGCAAUCGUCAACUUGCACCCAAACGUACCAGCCCCUUACGCUUCGUUAUGGGACCGGCUCGCUGCAAGGUUACGUCGAUUACGAUACUGUCUGCGUGAGUUUUGAAAUCUCUCAGAAUAUAUUGCAACCCAGGAGUCUGUACCGUGUUUUCCAGUUUGGAAAAAAUCAAAAGUAUUGCACCAACAGCUAUCAAGGAUUUGUUUGUGCAAUGCAGGAACCCGGAGACACAUUCCUUGUGAGUUGGAAUGGCGUUCUUGUGAACAGGUAA